AUUUUCCGCUUCGCCAUUUUGUGCUGCUGCGCCGGGUAUUUAUCAGAAGAAUCGUGACUAGUCCGUUUACACCGUCAGCACGGCAGCCAGGCGUCAACCACUUUCCUCCUUUUCAAACCGACAUUGUGGCCUUCGAUAGGUUUAGCCAAGUGCAAUUUUUGGGGCACAUAGCAGUAGUUGUUUUUGUACAUUAACUUUUUUAUACUGUGUGAGAAAGAAUGUCCGGCGCACCAGUACCCGAAUACUCUCCGUUCUUCGCAGUGAUGGGUGCCUCUGCGGCUAUGGUUUUCAGCGCCUUGGGAGCAGCCUAUGGCACAGCUAAGAGUGGUACGGGGAUUGCUGCCAUGUCUGUGAUGAGGCCGGAGCUCAUCAUGAAGUCAAUCAUCCCUGUGGUCAUGGCGGGUAUCAUAGCUAUCUAUGGCCUGGUAGUAGCAGUGCUGAUUGCCAACAGCAUCUCAGAGACUGUUCCCCUCUACAAGAGUUUCCUCCACCUGGGAGCUGGACUGAGUGUGGGCCUGAGCGGGCUGGCAGCAGGCUUUGCUAUUGGCAUUGUGGGAGACGCUGGCGUGCGGGGCACAGCUCAACAGCCCAGGCUCUUUGUGGGCAUGAUUCUUAUCUUGAUUUUUGCUGAGGUCCUGGGUCUCUAUGGGCUCAUCGUUGCCCUCAUCCUCUCCACGAAAUAAAACCCAAAUAUCUCUACUUCAAGAUCUGUCUUUUAUGUUGCUGCUGGAGGAAAAAGUGUAACAUGGGGAAAAAAUUGUAAAAUUUCUGCCACAAAAAAUGAAAGUGAAGGUGGGGAAAAUGAAUAAAAAUGGCUCCAUAAAUAUGGUCUUAUCUCUACAAUGUGUACAGUCGUCCAAUUUGAUAGUCAACCUGUAAAUGCGCAAUGUAGUGAUUUGUCUGUCCUGUAUGUGUGUGUGCGUGUUUUAAAAACAAUUGUAUGAUGAUUUCUUUUUUCCCUCCACUUAUUUCAGGCCUUCAGGCCAGCCAAUUGGCCCCUGGUCUUAAAAGAGCUGACCAAAGGGCCCCACUGCUUCCUUCUCCCACCCUUAAUUUGGGAGUUGACAGUCUGCAUUAAUGUUGAGGAUCUAUUUGUAAAGAAAAUGUGUAUGGACGUUUUUUUUUUUUUUUUUUUUUUCCACUUUUUUUAUUUAUAAGAAAAUGUUCAUGAAACUUAAAAUGGAGCAAAAGUCUAAUUCCCCAGGAUAUAUAUAUAUGUAUACAGACAUAUAAAUAUCUAUAUAGAUAGAUUAAAUGCACUGUGGGUUAAUUGUGAUAAGUGGUUGGAAUUCCUCUGGAUGUAUUACUUGGUUUAAAAUUUAAGAUUGCCUUUAGUAUGUGGCUGGUGGAGUGGGAGUUUUGUGUGUAACUGUAUUCUAAUCAUUACGCAGACAUUCUCAACACUUCAGUGUUUUUCCUGUAGUACCGCUGUUUGAUUGCAUUAAAGGUGUGUGUGCCCAGUGUUGGGUCUCACAGGUGUAAUUUCCAAAUUUCAUCAUCUCUCCGACUCAUUCAUCCCCUUCCCCUCAUCUGUGGCUGUACUCCAUCCUCUCCACAUUGCGACCAUUAAAAUCCUGCAUGGAGUUCAGUGUUUUGUUGCUGUUGGAUAUGAAGUUGAAGUGCCAGACCAUUUUUUCAGAAUAUUUAAUCCAGAUCAAAUGCACUGAACAUGGCUGUCUUUGUUUCUGAUAUAAGACUAUGUUCCACUAAAGGUAAAGUAAAAUGUCAUGAGACUACACGUGGUAUUUGCUGUAAUCACAAUGGGAUGCUAUUAAGCCUAGUACUCAAGUUCUUUUUUCCCCCUCAAAUCGAUCUGGAGUAUUUUUUCUGGAAAUGGGGCUGCUGCUGAUGUAUUUUCUGAAGCGCCAAUCUAAAAUCCUGAAUUACCACUGGUAUUCAAGUUAUUCUGCUGUAGUGUUGACAUGAAUGUUUUCACAAUCAAAUUAAAGGAGAUUCCAACAUA